AUGGUUACCUAUCUACCAUGGGCUUUCUCAACGUCUUCUGUUGAUCUCAAACAGGCGCUUAUGAAUGAGAUUAAGAGACGGUCCGAACAAAACCAUUUACCCUACCGUGGUGGAUUUCUGACGUUCGAAUUCAUCGACGAACUCUUUACCGUUCGUAACAUCGCUGAACAACUCCAGCUACUUCAAGAAGGCCCUAGCCUUUCAUGGAAAGAACGAAAUCGCCUCGCGCAAUCCAUCAAACGAGAUCAGCAAAAGCUUUACGCAAUCCUUCUUCUCAUGGAUAAGUCGAACCGCCUGACUUUGAGUAAAGCUAGGGACUUCACCGACAAGAGCCUUUUCCCCAUUGCGCAGCACGGUCUUGCUUCUCUUCCAUGCCCGUUGGAGAAGUUGGAGAACUCGGAAUACUCUAUCCUGUUCCAGGACAUUGCCCAUGAAUUCUUUGUGAAGCAGUUCGUGUUUCCACCCAACUUGUCGACAACACCGACUCCGACCUACCCAUCAUACUUCAUAUUUCCAUUCGCGAGCGCGCGUCUCCCGGUCGAUCAUGGUUCAUAUGGCGAUGUACGGAAGGUAGAGAUCCCCAAGGGAUUCUUGGAACCUUUACAACACAAAGAAAGCUCCAAGAACGUCUUUGUUGCUUACAAAAGGAUUCGAAAGCAAGACACGACGUCUUGGAAAAAGGUAGAUUUGGAGUAUAAAGUACUACAACAACGGCCUCACAAUAACAUCACGCCCUUGUGGGGUAGCUUCUUCGCAGGUAUGGAAGACACUCAAGAUCCACAGAGCACUGCUCAAUGCUUGUACUUGUUGUCGCCUGUAGCAGACAUGAGUAUGCAAAAGUGGAUCGGUGAUGAGAGAGCUGAGCAUAAAUCUUUUGAGUUCAUUUAUUUCGACACGAUGCUAGCUCUCGCAUCUGGACUCGCGUAUAUUCACAGAGAAAUCGACGACUUCGUGGCCUACCAUCGCGAUAUAAAGCCGAAUAACAUCCUACUCUUUCCUGGUGGCAAUGAUAAGGUCAUCUGGAAGUUUUGCGACUUCGGUACCUCGAAUCUCAAGUCCGCGAACGACACCAGAACCGCGAGUAUGGUUACGACUGAGUACUGGGCGCCUGAAGAAUACUUCGAGCCUCGCACAGAGGACAAAGGGUUAACGCGUGGUCGCCCACAUGAUGUGUUUUCUCUCGGAUGUGUGUUCCUUUGCUUGUCAACAAUAUUGCACACGGGCCUUGACGGUUUUGCAAACUUUAAAAAACGACGAGAGAAAGCAGACAAGAGUAACAAAACCUCACAUUUGAAGGGUGCGUUCCACAAGACGAUGCCGGCGGUACACCAUUGGAUUGAGAACUUGCAUAAGAAAUGCAAGGAAAACCAAACCCAGCAAGUUUUGAGCCGCGAAGUAUUACUUCUUAUCUCGGAGAUGCUACAACCAAUCGAUAAGCGUAUAUACUCAUGGGAGGUAGAGGUGGACCUGCAUAUCCUUGAGCAACUGGAAAAUGACUCUACGAGCGUUGUGAAUCGUCUCCGCCAGACCAUACAUGGAUCGGGAGGUUACAAUUCGAAAACAAAGCACAAUCCUUAUAGACGCGCGAAGGAAAAGGCUGAUAAAGAGGAUACGUAUAGGCCCAAGCGUUCAGAAGAAUUCUUCCGUGUGAUGGAAGAGUAUGGCUGGCAUGACUACUCACCGCAGUCUACUACCAGUAGCUCUCAGCGAAUGUCGGGCCGAUCUGUCUACUCAAAUCUUCCGCCACUGUCCGAUCAAGACACGCUUUGUGGUGGCCAGAAACUCUACCAGCAGAUAUCGGAUACUUUCUCGAGAUCUGAUAUUGUAGCACUUUACGGAGUUGCUGGCAUCGGGAAAUCCAGAAACGCCUUUGAGUAUGCCCGCCAAUUUACGAGUCUCAGUGAGCAAACUUUGGCUAGACAUGUGUUCCACGUGAACGCCACAAGCGUUGAAUGCCUGUUACGGUCAUACGAUGCCAUCGCAGAUGUGAUCAACAGCUCUCAAGCCGACCCAAGCAAUAGCUAUCGAGAAGGCUUUCUGGUCACAAGGUAUACUCUUAAGUCCUGGCUCGAAGAUGACAAGAAUGGGAGGUGGUUCAUGGUUGUAGAUGGACUCAAUCAGACUAGCAGCAUAGGGGACCUUAGAAACUUGCUGCCAACCCCAAGGGAUGGCGUUGGUCAGAUUCUCAUCACUACACGGGAUCGUGCUGCGGCUAGGGAGUACCCAACGAGCAAACAGCACGUACCACCGUGCAUCGAGGUAACUGCACUGAACCCCAGAGACUCGAUGCGUCUCUUCAUGCAGAACAUCGACGAAUCGCAGAGACUGGAGAGUACCGAAAUCACGGACAAGAUCGCAUCUCUACUCGAGAAGCUAUGGAGUCCCAUCAUGAUCAAGCUUGCUGCCGAAAACACCAUCAGACGCCCAAUCUCAGUUCUACACUUAGAAGAAUUGGUGGAAGAUAACGGGUUGUCAGAGGUGAAGGCGCCGUUCAAGUCGUACCUGGAGUACGUUCUUGAACCUCUAGAUAGUGAACUUUCUAUUGGUUCAAGUCGACGCUGGGAGGUUGGGACUCUAUUCUUGCUCGCAUUCUUUGACCCGGAUGGGGUCAGCUGGGAAAUCUUGAAGAAGAACUAUGACAAAAAGAAGAAGAAGCCGGGAAAAUCUGAACUCGUAGGCGUUCUUGGAAGAUUGGAGGAUUGUGCCCUUAUUCGCAAGGUAACGAUUCGUAAGGUAAUGGAGACUACUGAUCACGUAUAUUCGAUUAGCACGGGCAACAUUCGACAAGCGAUAUUAGAAAAGAUUGAGAGGGAUGACGGUCCCGAAGGUCUUCUAACUCGCUACAGCAAGGCUUUGUCACUCGUCUACAAAUUCUACCAACCAUUGCGCAAGUCGAAAGAUUCUGCUCAACUUCGUCAGAUCGAGCACUCGUUGAUGCCACACUUCGAGUGCUUCCUGCGGUUCACCAACAAGCACGCUCAGCGACAGAGAUUUCGACUACACGAUCUGGCCGUACGGGCCGUCAUCUGCUUUUCGAAAGUUCUUAUUGAUCAAGACAGGCAUAAAGAAGCCAUGGAGGUCACUGAGUACACCCGAGAACACUUCAAGCCCGAGAGAGCUGAUGAAAAACAAAUGAUGCUGCAUUUCAACCUUGGAAGGCAUCUAAUAUCCAUAUAUCUCACUCGCCCAAAGGACGCAACUUCAUUCCAUUACCGAUCCAAAGCAGAAAAUCUAAUAGCUGAGUUGCAGUCAGCGGCCGACAUGUCAAAAGGGCAUGGUGUGACGUGGACGUGGCUGCCCUCAAUGGAUCUGAAGAUCAAGUUAGAUCAAGUCAAAGUUUAUCGGCAAGCUACACAGUUUAGCGAAGCGCAUCGAUUGUUAUCAAAUAUCCAGGACGGUAUCGAGAUCGCGAGUACCAAAGGUGGCCGAGGCCCCAGGCAUACCAACAACGAAAGAAUUCGUGGCUUCGCAGCACGUGAACUGCAGACCCUGAUCACAUAUCAAGAUGGGCUGUUGCAUACGGCCGAAGGCAUCUCGAAACAUAAAGGCAACCCGAGAGCUGCUCUAGAAUCUUGGAAUGAGGCUCGAAAUUUACUUCUGAAGGCCAAAAAGGAUGCCAAGAACACUCGCCCUGCCGAUCAGGCGUGGCACGAUGAAAUACGCGCUGCGAUCGCAGUUGCGAACACCAAGAUUGGGCAGAAGCAUCUUAUCCAAGAUGCGAUCAAAGCACUAGAGCUCGUGUUGGACAGAACAAAAGAAAACUAUGGAUCGGUCCAACGUACUAAGGACGUGGAACGCAGGCUCAACGAGGCGAGGCUCAAGUCGAGUAAGCAUGAUGUGAAACUUGCGAUGGAAAGCUCACGAGAACUCUUGGACUGGUACGCGAAGCAUUGCGGGUCACAUGCGAAAGACACCGAGGACUGCGCGUUGCAACUCGUGAGAGGGUUGGAGAAAAUGGGGGAAAUGGAUGAAGCACAAAUGGUCAGGAAGAAAUAUAGGUUGGGGAAAGACUGUACUGAUGCGAGGAACAUGUGGAGUUGGAAAAUGUCAAUCAUGGUCUUUUUUCUCAGUCUCUCGGUCGCGUCGUUAUACAUGAAGAGCCAGUAUGCGUAA